UUUGACGGCCAGAAUUUUCCUCACAGUCGAGAUAUGUACUGUGUUUUCCGUCAAGUUUUUGGUUUAAAAGAUUUUCGACGUAAUCAGUUACAAGCUAUGAAUGCUGCCUUAUUAGGGAAAGAUACUUUUAUACUGAUGCCUACAGGUGGAGGUAAAAGUCUGUGUUAUCAACUACCAGCCCUAGUAACUAAAGGUGUUUCUAUAGUAAUAUCACCAUUACGAGCUCUCAUUCAGGAUCAAGUUCAAAAACUCUGUUCUCUUGAUAUCAGAGCAGCAAGUCUAUCUGGUGAUGUUGAUUUGACUCGAUCUAGUCAGAUUUAUAAUCUGUUAUAUCAACGAGAACCAGGCGUACAGUUAUUAUACGUCACUCCAGAAAAGAUUGUAGCCAGUGAUAAGUUAUUGAGCUGUUUUCAACAUCUGUAUAAUCGUAAAGUUUUAGAUAGAUUUGUUAUUGAUGAGGCUCAUUGUGUUAGUCAGGUAAACUAUCUUUUUGUCUUUAAUUCUGAAAAUUUGACUUGGGGCCACGAUUUCCGUCCUGAUUAUAAGAAAUUAAAUUUAUUGCGGAAGAAAUAUCCGUCUGUUCCAAUGAUGGCGCUAACCGCUACUGCCACACCUCGAGUUCGUAAAGAUAUUAUACAUCAAUUAGGCAUGAACGAUCCUAAAUGGUUUAUGCAGAGUUUUAAUCGUGGUAAUUUGAAGUAUUAUAUUAGAAUGAAGAAACCGAAGAAUGCUGUAAAAGACGUGUAUGAUGUAAUCAAGUCAAAGUUUAAUGGUGAUAUUGGAGUGAUAUAUUGCUUAUCAAGAAAGGAAUGUGAUACAACUGCUAGUGAACUACAGAGACAAGGUAUACAGGCUGUAUCUUACCAUGCUGGUCUCUCUGAUUCAGAACGUUAUAGUAUACAGGAACAAUGGUUAUAUGGUGAUAAAAAGGUAAUAUGUGCCACUAUAGCGUUUGGUAUGGGAAUAGAUAAACCAGACGUCAGAUUCGUUAUUCAUUUCUCGCUACCAAAAUCAGUGGAGGGAUAUUACCAGGAGGCUGGACGAGCAGGAAGAGACGGCCAUCUUGCCCAUUGUAUAUUAUAUUAUACGUACGGUGACGUCAAACGACUUCGAACUAUUAUACAGAUGGAUAAGAAUGCUAAUUAUGAAGCCAAACGAACUCAUCUAGAUAAUUUAUUCAGAAUGGUAGCGUAUUGUGAGAAUGUAACUGAUUGUCGAAGGUCUCAGAUUCUACAGUAUUUUGGUGAACAUUAUUUCGAUAGAUCACAAUGUGGUAGUUUUCGAGGUUCUAUUUGUGAUAAUUGUGAAUCGAAGGAUAGUUUCCAGCUACGUGAUGUAACUGAUGAUGCUAAGAUGAUAGUACAAUGUGUGAAAGACCUGGCGUCUAAUUCUAGAACGAGGCUGACACUGAUACAUUUUGUUGAACUGAUUAAAGGUUUAAACUUUGAAAAUUUAGUUUCUGUUUCUACGUUAUAUUUUUUUACUAUCAUUCUAGGAUCCCAAAAUACCAAGAUAAUGCAAUUAGGACAUAACAAACAUAAAGCUCACGGCGUCUGUUCGGCCUAUAACAGACAGGAUGCUGAGAGGUUGCUAAGGAAACUGGUGAUUGAUGGGAUAUUAAUGGAGGAGUUGCAGACGACCACUAUGGACAUGACGGCGUGUUAUAUCAGACCUGGAGCUAAGGCUAAUCAACUUCUUUCUGGACAGAUCAAGGUUGAGCUACAUAUAACAGGCAGUAAGAAGAAACUGGAGAUAAAUAAAAUAGGACAAGAACCUCAGAGUGAUAGAGAAAAACUUACGUCUGAAUGUUAUAAAGAGUUACUUCCCAUUGCUAAGACUAUUGCUCGUGAACACAACAUCUUCAACUACGUUACGAUAUUUACAAACACCAUGUUGUGGCAGAUGGCGGAGAAAUUACCCGCGACGGAGGAGGAGAUGAUCGAUCAGAUAGACAUGAUUACCCAGAAGAAAAUAGAAACGUAUAAAGUGGAUAGAUUACUGGAAGUUUUACAACAUUAU